GUUCCCCCUCUCCAGAGAGCCUGGAACUCCCUCCCUGAGCAGGGCCAGAGAUGGGAAGAUAAGCCCUGCCUGUAGACAAAUAGCCCUGUGCAAGAUGUGAGGAUUUCAUGCAGCAGCCAGACAUGUCUGAAAGCUCCUCAGGUCUGACUACAAGCAACCAGAAGUUCUUGAAAUUCUACUCCUCCUACUGCUCCAUCCUGAGGGAUGCCCACAAUAUUCCACUGGUUUUACCCCAAAACAGAGGAACCCUCGGGCAGAGCUGGGAGCCCAGGCUCCCUUUCCCACUUCCCUCUGACUCCUUCAAGUACCUUGGCUGGUGUGACAUAGAGGAACACAGUGUGAAAGGGAAUCAGCUGCUCUGCCCCCGAGUGAGGGAAGGGCCCUCAGAAGAAGAGCUGUUUUUCAGGAAAGAAGAAUAUACUCUGAAAAGAAGAAAACAAGUAACUGACACAGAGAAAUGGGAAAAGAGGCUGCAAGAGAACUGGGAAAACUGUGCUGAGCUGAACCUUUCAUUCCAGGACCUGGGUGAUCUUUACCAGGUGGAAAACCUCAAAAGAAUCCUCCACAGAUUAAUCCGGGUGGAAAAGCUUUGGUUGGUGGACAAUUCCCUGACAGACCUCAGUGCCAUAAGGUUGCCAAGAUGCAGAGAGCUAAAUGUAAAUAAAAACCACUUUACAUCCUUCAAACAGCUGCCAAAGAUCCCUCAGAUUCAGCACUUAUCUCUUGCUGACAACAACAUCACGAGCCUGAGUGGGAUUUCAGACUUCAGGCACACCCCACUGGAAUCCCUCAUCCUCAAGAGGAAUCCCUGUGAGUUCCAGGAAAGAUACAGGCAGCUUGUGUUCUCCAAUUUGCCAAACCUGAAAAUACUGGAUGGCAUCCCAAAACUGCCAGAGGACUGCUCACCCCCUGAGGUCAGGUUUUUUUACAGAAUGUGUACUAUACUCUAAAACAAUAUUUUUGUAGGAUCUCAACUGUGCUACAACCACCUUGCUUAAAACAGACUGUAAAUCCUGCUUAUGGAAGUUCUAUUGUUUUU